AUUGCAAUGGUAGCGCUCGUGUCGCGUCACUCGUGUACACAGGACUCUGCACCGAACUCGUGUACCCAUGAUGCUAUGGGUCAGUCGAAACUUUGACAGGCACGGAAGAGGAUACAAGCAAGCAAAAACACAAGAUACCCUGUAUCAUGCCGUGUUUAGAUAUGAAAAUGCGCGAGUGUCGAUAGCAUUCUGCGACAGUGUCCUGACAGUGUGGUGCUGCUGUCAGCGAUCCCCCGCAGUUCAGGCGCGACUUGCACGCGCAGUUCAUUGAGUGACAGGUAAGCAGACAUGGACCAUAAGGAAGUAUUUGCAGCAUUGCAGACAGUAUGUUCAGAAGUUAUCUUGGCUCUUGAUGGAUCUGUGAGCAAUUCUUCAAAUGUCGACGCUACUGAUCGUCUGAAGGGGGUGAUGAAGCAGAUUCAGGAACAUGGUCGUGCUGUUGAACCUUUGAUCACUGGCUUUACUACUGUCUAUCACCAUUAUGAUUUGGAUGCACAGACCCCUGGCAAUGGAUAUCGGACCUUAGUCAAGGUGGUCCAAUCCUGCGUCAUCCACAUCAUCCAGAAGGCCCGUUACAUCGCAUCAAACUGUACUGGAGCAUUUUUCCGGAUGGACCAUAAUGUUGUGGAAAUAGAAGCAUACUGUAGUGCCCUGUGCCAGCUGAGAGCGUUACUUUAUCUGGCACGGAUAAUCCUCAAUGACAAUGCCCACGGGCAGCUCUAUUCACAGGAUGAAGGGGGUUUAAGAGAAAGAUUUGUGCAAGAGUACAUCUCUAUGCACAAAGCUUGUUUCUAUGGCCGGUGCUUGGGGUUCCAGUUUUCCCCCUCUCUUAGGCCUUUUCUACAGACAGUAGUCAUCAGUAUGGUGUCCUUUGGUGAAAACUACAAAAAACAACAGACUGGGAUAGGCAUGGCUGCUCUUUCUUUCUUCACUUCGGGCAAAUAUGUGGUGGACCCUGAGUUGAGGGGGAAAGAGUUUGAGCGUAUCACUCAAAAUCUAGAUAUGCAGUUUUGGAAAACCUUUUGGAACGUUACUGAGUCUGGGCUGUUUUCGAGUUUGACAAGGAUUGCUUCCAGUGUGGUGCAAGUGAAUGUAACAUUAACUGUGCCAGCUGAAGGUCUGAGUUUGCCGCUGGCCUCUGACCCCAAUCUCUCAGUCACUGUGAACCCUCCAGUUGCACACUGGGGCCCUGGGCCAGUCAAUGUGCGCUUGAUCUCACACACACUCCGACAAGGACAGGACAGUGCAGAACUGUUAGCACUUUCUCGCCCCGAGGGGCCUCAGCUCUCUCUGCCAGGGAGUUUCAAUCGCCAGACAGCUCCUCUUUCUCCUUGCCUGGUCAUACACUUCCACGGUGGAGGCUUUGUUGCACAAACUUCAAAAUCACAUGAGAAUUACUUGAAGAGCUGGUCAAAGGAUCUGAAUGUGCCUAUUCUCUCUGUGGAUUACUCAUUGGCUCCAGAGGCCCCGUUCCCCCGGGCUCUAGAGGAGUGUUUCUAUGCCUACUGUUGGGCCUUAAAGAAUUGCCACUUGUUGGGAUCGACUGCUGAGCGUGUUUGUUUGGUGGGAGACAGUGCAGGUGGUAACCUGUGUAUAACCGUCUCUAUGAGGGCAAUAUCUCAUGGUGUACGCAUUCCUGAUGGGAUUGUGGCAGCGUACCCAGCAACUCUGCUAACAUCAGAUGCCUCCCCAUCCAGACUACUCACUUUAAUCGACCCUCUGCUGCCUUUGAGUGUCCUCUACAAGUGCAUCAAUGCCUAUGCUGGUGCAGGUUGUCAGUCAGUACAGCCAGCUCAGCAGUUAGACACUCUGGUGGCUUUGGGACAGGACACUGUAAAGAUGUUGAGUAACUUCGCCCAAGGAGCGUCAAAUUGGCUUCAGACUUUAAUAGAACAAAAGGCACCAUCAUCAUCAUCAUCAUCAUCCUCUUCAACCACAUCAUCAAAUGGUCCUUCGCCUUCCAAGUCAAAUUCUGUUGAGAAACCAAAGGAAGUCCAAGAUUACCCAGAAAAUUUUGAGCCCCUCCGGUCUAGAUGUCUGGUGGAUAUAGAGAUACCUUGCACACCAAUAAUGAAGAACCCAUUUGUUUCUCCUCUACUUGCUCCAGACAAUCUUCUCAAGGGGCUUCCUCCAGUGCAUAUAGUGGCCUCUGCUUUGGAUGCCCUGUUAGAUGACUCAGUGAUGUUUGCCAAAAAGCUGAGGAAUAUGAACCAGCCAGUGACUCUCACUGUGGUUGAAGACCUCCCUCAUGGCUUCCUGAGCCUAGUACAGUUCUCCAAAGAAACACAGGACGCAGCAGAUAUGUGUGUGAGAAAAAUCAGAGAAGUCUUCCAGCAAGAGGAACUCCCAGCUGGUCAGAGGCAGCCAGGGCUUGUUUAGACAGGGAAAGUCCUGAUGGUCCACAAAGGUCCACAAACCGAAAAUUAGGGGAAUCCAUCCACCAGCUCAGCUCCUGAAAACAACUGUAGAUCCAGCUUGCAACACCUAAAUCAUAUCUGCUAAGGCUUAAUGUGCAGUUUUGCAUCAGAGUGAUUUAUUUUUAGAAAUUCACAAUGACCAUUCACUGUUCUGUUCUGACCAAACACAAUGUCUAAGCAUCCACCAAAAUUUCACCAUUGUGCCUGUAGUGAUGCAAUAAGGUCUGUCCAUAACAUAUUUUUAAAACACUGUACUGUGGCUUUUAUUUGUCACAAUUUCUAACAUCUUGUUUUUAGCUAAAAUCCAAAUGGUUUUAAUGUUUAAAUGUAAUAGGGGUGUCAAACACACAGCCUUACUUUAUCUCAUAUAAUUUAACCCUUGUGCUGUGUUCACAACCAUUUACAUACUUGGAUGUGUGAAGUGUCUCAUUACUCUAUAUUAUCACUAAAUAUUGGCCUAAAUCUUUUUGUCAACGUGUUAUAUUUCAAUUAGCACAGGUUUUGCAUUUCUUUUUGGAUCUGAUUGAUCAUAGGCCUCAUUUAUCUGAGCUUAUGCGCCUCAAUUUUUGACCCGAAAAAAGCAUUAUUUGUGGAUAAUGUUGGCAAUAUCAAAUAAAAUUCAAAAUUAUCCUA